CUUCCGGCGCGGCGGCGGCGGCCCGAUGCAGGUGGCGCGGCGCGUGGUGUGCGCGCUGUCCGGCGGCGUGGACAGCGCCGUGGCCGCGCUGCUGCUGAAGCGGAGAGGUUACCAGGUGACGGGGGUGUUUAUGAAGAACUGGGACUCGCUGGAUGAGCAUGGCGUCUGCACGGCCGACAGAGACUGCGAGGAUGCCUACCGGGUCUGCCAGAUCCUCGACAUCCCUUUCCACCAAGUGUCCUACGUGAAGGAGUACUGGAAUGAGGUGUUCAGUGAUUUUCUGAAUGAGUAUGAAAAAGGAAGAACACCCAACCCCGACAUAAUGUGCAACAAGCACAUCAAGUUCAGCUGCUUCUAUCAUUACGCCGUGGAUAAUCUCGGAGCAGAUGCCGUUGCCACGGGUCACUAUGCCAGGACUUCACUGGAAGAUGAGGAAGUCUUUGAGCAGAAGCACAUUAAGAGACCACAAGGGCUUUUCAGGAAUCGAUUUGAAGUGAGAAAUGCUGUAAAACUACUCCAAGCCGCUGACAGCUUUAAAGACCAGACCUUCUUUCUCAGCCAGGUCUCCCAGGAUGCCCUGAGAAGAACCAUCUUCCCUCUGGGGGGACUGACAAAAAGUUUUGUCAAGAAAAUAGCAGCUGAAAAUAGACUGCAUCAUGUGCUUCAGAAGAAGGAGAGCAUGGGCAUCUGUUUUGUUGGCAAGAGGAAUUUCGAGCACUUCAUCCUUCAGUAUUUGCAGCCGCGACCUGGGAAGUUUGUUUCUGUCGAAGACAAUAAAGUUCUGGGAACACACAAAGGUUGGUUCCUGUAUACAUUGGGCCAGAGAGCAAAGAUCAGCGGCAUGCGAGAGCCCUGGUUUGUGGUGGAGAAGGACAGUGCCAAGGGUGACGUGCUUGUGGCCCCCAGGACCGACCACCCUGCCCUGUACAGGGACCUGCUUCGCACGGGCCGCGUGCACUGGAUCGCCGAGGAGCCUCCCGCCGCCCUGAUCCGGGACAAGAUGAUGGAGUGCCACUUCCGAUUCCGCCACCAGAUGGCACUAGUUCGCCGUGUUCUACAAAGGGGACGAGUGUCUGGGAAGCGGGAAGAUCCUCCGGCUGGGGCCGUCCGCCUACACGCUGCACAAGGGCAGGAGCAGAGCCAGCGCGGUCCCCGAGGGCCCGCAUCUCGCACCCUGACCGAGGCUGAACCGCUCAGGGAGGCAGAGGCCGGAGCCCAGGGCCGGCAGCCGGCGGGGAGGCUGGUGGGCGAUGGGUGAGUUGGGCGCUGCCUGCUCCCCGGGGCCCGGCUGGCCCUGCGCAGUGACGCCGAAGGACCGGGCUGGCCAGCCAGCAGGUCUGUCCUGAGGACCCGGCUCCUACAGCGCCUGUGCCACAGCCCCGGGGUCGGCCCCGUGGGCACGCGUGGGUCUGUGCGGCUGCGGGCUCAGGCAGCAGCAAAUAAAGCUGUCUAGAAGAAGGAGCGUGGCCACUGUGUCAGGGCCAGGUUCGCCGGAGCAGGCCCCCGCCGGGCUCCCGCAGCUCCUCCCGGGGAGGCCGCGCUCGGCCUCGCAGUGCGCUGCUGUGGGCUGCUGGCCGUGUUCGGUCACGCUCUCCAGCGGGACAGAGGCAGCAACACCGGAAGCAACCUUCGGCAGGGGCGGGCGUGGGCUACUUUCCUAUGGAGGCUGAGGAAGCGGAACCCCACUGUGUCCCCCCCAACAGUGGCCUCAGUAUUUCCCAAGGGUGAAAGUAGGCAUUGGUGUGGGGCUCUGGGACGGAGAACCAUCUUUCUGGACAAAGCAAGCAUAGCAAGGGGUCCCUGGGAAUUAGAGUGCGGGAACCCAGGAGGGUGAGCGGAGGCGCGGGUGUUCCUGUCAGUCUCCACCUGCUCGGACCCAGGGUCAGGUGCACAGGGAAGUCCGCACACCCACGGCAGCAUGGCGGAGGGCUUGGCUGCUCCACCUGCUCACGGGCUCGGGGCUAUGGCAGGACUUCACUUGGGCGUUUGCUGCGUAAGAUGAGGCCAGCCUCAACUCAGAUUGCUGAUGGAUGGCUCGGUGCCCGGAGCUCCCGCACCGGGAGGGGCCCUCACGCGCUCUCGAGGCCAGCUGACUGGCGUCUAGUAGAGAGAAGUUUAAAGCAGAGCCGCAUUGUAAAAUUCUAUUUGGAGUGGAAGACGUUCCCCGGAUUGGCUUAGGAGAGGAGGUGAGGGAAGAGUCAUGGGAAGAUUAUCAUCAGGAAGCCACGUCUGCAGAGGGAAUGGAGGGUGAGGGAGCUAGCAGCGCGCAGGAGGAACCAGCCGGGACAGCAGCUGGUGCUGGAGGGCCGGGACUAAACUACGACUGGUAAACAUUUCUGGUUCCAGAGUCCCAUUUCGGGUGUGGUGGGUCAUGUCUAUAAUCUGCUUGUGGGAGGAUUGUAGUUCAAAGCCCACUAGGCAAAAAGAAAAAGCAAAGCAGAACCUUAUUUCAAAGAAUGGCUUGCUGGCACACAUUCAUCAUCUCAGCUACCUGAGAGAGAGGUAGGCUCGCGGUCCAAAGGCAGAUGGCACAAUAAUGGAAAGAUAAUGGGAGCAAAAAGAGCUGGGGGUGAGGCUCUGCAAGUGCUGUCCAGUCAGAAAACAAAAUCCCAGGCCCUGAGGAGGGCCUGUCCCCCACACCGGCCCCCAUGCCGGCAGGCCAGAGCCCGGCUAGAGCGCCGCAGAAGACGGGAGAGCCAGGUACAAAGCAACACUUUAAUUUAUUGUAUCCUAGUCCGUGGCGUGCCAGUGCUGAGAAUUAAUAAAUACACUUGUUACAAACGUCCAGUGUUUCAUCUCUUGAAAAGUUUCAAGUCAUAAAAAUAGGUUUAAAUUUUUCCUGUCUUAAUAAAACUGACAACUAUUUUUUUUUUAAACAAUUCAGAUCAAAUUAAAAAGUAAAAGGGCAAAAUCCAGUCACAGGUGGUGAGGGAGGAGGGCAUGCCCCACAGCGAAGGCAGGCUGCUGCCGUGAGCCCUGGCUGCCUGGCCCACCGUGCCCCAGGAGACGCCCGCUGCCCUGCAUCUGAGCCACUGCGCGGGCUCUGCAAGGCCUGUGUUGGUCACACACAGGCCUGAAGACCUCUCCCCCUGCCCACCAGAAGUCUUUCACAUUCAGUGUCUUACACACACCGCCGCCUCUGCCCACUGGAGGUCUUUUUUUGUUGUCCAUCAUAGGGCUUGAACUCGGCCUGAGCGCUGUCCCUGAGCUCUUCAGCUUGAGGUGAG